CUAACGCUAAUGUACGCAAAAAGCACGAUUAGUGAGACGUUAGAAAGCAGAGAAGUGAUACAUAAUGUGUAUUUUGUUUAUAAAUGUGGAUCCUAAUCCUGAAAAAGGUGGUUAUAGGUUAAUAGUGGCCACAAAUAGAGAUGAAUAUUAUAAAAGGCCAGCAAUGCCAGCUCUUAUCGAUAAAAAUGGAAUUAUUGGAGGUAGAGAUAUGGAACCAGGUCGAGAAGGUGGGACUUGGCUGGCUUUACGAUCGAAGGAUCAGGAAAACGGCAAAGGCAAAGUUCAUUGUUUGGCUGUGCUUUUAAAUGUAACUGGGGCGAAAGUUGAUAAUGCCAGCGGUAGGGGUAACAUAAUUACAGAUUAUUUGAUGAGCAAGACAAACUUUCUUGAAUACACCGACAUGUUGGACCAAACUUUAUAUAAUGGCUACAAUUUUGUUACGGUUGAAUUAAGCAAAGAAGACGAGACUAUUUACCACCACAGUAAUUUUCCCAGAGUUAACUCUAGUUACCUAGGCAAGCAAACUCUGGGAUUUGGAAAUUCUCCAAUAUUCACCCCUUUAGCUAAAGUUACGAAAGGAAGGCAAAUGUUCGAAGACAUUUUAAAAACGAACCUACCGGCAGAUGAGCUAGAAAAAGAGUUACUGAAAUUGCUGAAAGACGAAACCAGGCACCUACCAGACGAUGAAUUGGAAAGAAGACAACCUUUAGCCUUCGAGAGUUUGAGUUCUAUUUUUAUUCAACUGGAACCUGCAGGUUAUGGAACAAGAACCCACACUAUAAUACUAAUAGAUUAUGACUGGAAUCUCUCGUUUAUCGAAUACACUAUGGAAGAGCCCAUAGAUAUCCAUAACCUUAAGUGGAAAGAAACAAGACUUAAUUUAAAACUGUGAUAUCAUAACAAAUGUUUUUUGUCAAUUGCUAUCUAUUUUCUGUGGUAAUGAAAAUAUGUUCUCUAUAUUUUAAGAAUAGAUAUUAAUGUUUUAAUGA